GGGCUUAAUGGACCUAAACUCGCCUCUUGUUUUCCAACAACAACCUCCUUUUAUUUUAUUUUCAGAUAAUUUAUCAAAUUUUCCCGUUUUCUUCCAAAUCCGAAAGAAAAUCCGACAACUCAACCCCAAAUCAUCGAUUGUUUCCUUUUCCCUGAAAAAGAAACCUCAGGCACACGCACACGUGGAUCCCCCCAACAGGACCACAACAAUUUCAAGGUUUACAUAAGCUGGAAGCUAAACAGUGAAUGGGGAUUCACACAAUGGAUUCCCACUUAAACGCUACUCGGCAGCAAUCUCACUCUCACGUGCAUCAUCCACUUCCACGCCACAACUCAUGGUUAGGCCUCACACUAAGAGAAGUCGAAAACCAAUUAGGCAGCAGCCUUACCAAGCCACUCGGCAGUAUGAACCUCGAUGAGCUCCUCAAGAGAGUAUGGACCAGAAAUGACAAUGCUGCUGUCUCCAUCCAGCAGCAGGCAAGCUGGUCACUCGCGAUGACUCUCAGUGGAAAAACAGUUGACCAAGUUUGGAGGGACAUACAAACAGGUUGUAAAAUAAGGGGAGGGGAAUCUAGUUUGGAAAAAGAGUUGACUCUUGGUGAGACAACCCUAGAGGAUUUUCUGGUGAAAGCUGGCACGUACAUUUCAAGUGCCUCUAUUGAGCCUAUUCUGUCGUUGGAUAGUGCGCUUAGGGCCCACAAGUUUUCAUCCCAAACGGGUUUGUUGUCUCCUUCUCCCUCAAUCGACGAGUUAUCUGAUGCACCAAUUUCGUCAAGGAAGAGUGCUCUAGGGAAUCUUGAGAAGGCUAUCGAGAGGCGACUAAAGAGGAAGAUUAAGAAUCGAGAGUCGGCCGCUCGUUCACGUGCAAGAAAGCAGGCAUACCACAAUGAGUUGGUGACAAAGGUCGCACAUCUUGAGGAGGAGAAUUUGAAACUGAAAAAGGAACAGGCAAGUGAUAUUUUAUGUUGUGUUUCUCUCAUGUGUGCAUCCACAUGGUGUCGUCGUGAUUAUAUUUAUGUUGAUGAGACUUUUGCUGGCAUGUGUUGUACUGCCGUUGUUAGUGGGCAGAAAAGCAAAAAGAAAGGUCUCAUGUCUACACGACAUGCUAAUCUUCCUGGGAAUAUUCAAGUGGAACACUGCAUGCAUUUACUUUUUGUGUCCUUUGAAACCUUUGACAAGUUCAUGCCUUCGACUAAAUUCGAGAAGAUGGUGUCGUGUGAAUUUUCAGAAAAGAGAUACCAACUCCGAAGAACA